UUCAUUUAUCGAACUGUUCAAAGUUUAAUUUUAGAAUUAUAGAGAGAGAAGAACAAUGGGUCAAUAUUUAUUUAUAUUUCUAUACGAAGGCCCUGCAAAGUCCGAGCACCGAGAGUCUCAAGAGCAUCUCUAUCGUCCCAUAUGGCUCGCAUAGCAUGGCUCUCCGAUCAAGCUCCUUCCGCUGGGGAUUUUCAUUAUUGAUCUGCCUUCUCGAAGAGACAAUUUGCUGCAAGGGAAAUUGGUGAAUUCUCAGACGAGAUGGGACCUGGGGUGGGAUCAGCUGGCCCAUCUGAGGUUGUGGUCAAGAGCAGGAACUCUUCGGGUUGUUUAAUUGUUAGAAAGAAAGGAGAUGCGUUGCCAGGUGGGGUUGGUUCUUCCAGCUCUCAGAAGCUGUAUGAUAAGAAGGCGGCGAUGAGACAUAGUAUGGCCUCAAGUGAUUCAGGAUCAAGCGAUGAAUCAUUGUUGCCUCCUAGCAGAAGGAUGGGUCCUGAGACUGUUCGUGUCGGCAAUGGUUUGACUUCCUUCCAACAGGGUAUGGUUGCAGGGAGUGAAUUUGGGAGAAGGAGGGAUCGAAUGGCUCUAUCUAGGUUAAAUAAGGAGGGCUUGGUCAAUAAGAAUGGUUUUGAGGAAAGGGAAAGAAAACGGGAUAGAUUGGAUUCAUUUGAUUUUGAUGAAUAUGAGGGUAGUCAUGUGGAAAAGACACGAAGGCAUUUUGAUGAUCAUGAAGUUGGUUUUGGUGGAGGAAGGUACAUGGGAUCAAUGCAUGGCAUUGAAAAGGAAUUUGAUCCUGGGUCAAGCAGACCCAUUCAUGAAAAAAGAAAUAACUCUUAUUACGACAGGUCUCUUGGCUUGUGCAUGGGAAAAAAUUUAGAUCAUAGCAGGUUUAAGAUGGGCAGGGAUGAACCUCACCUCCCGCUACCCUUGUUGAGAGAGAAGUUUGUGGCCAAUGGAGAUGAAUUCAUCAGAAUUCAGGGAAAAAAUGGUGUUCUAAAGGUGAGGGUUGGUAAGAAGAAGGUGGGCGGGCCAUUAGACCACUAUGAUCACUGCAAACAAGUGGAAAGUCGAUUGAGUUUGAGGAGUGAGGGGACUACUGCUAAGAGGAAUGAUCUGAUCCGUUCUUCAUCGAACUUUGAAACAGCAUUUGCUGAGAAAUCGAGCCUAGUUCUUAGGCGAGAUAAAAAGAAGAUAACAUCAAGAAAAUCAUUGUCAAGCAAGGACAGUAAGGGUGAUGCUUUGGAUUCAGAGAACAGUGACACAUCAUCAAACCUGGGACAAAAAAAUGCUGAAGCUCGCAAGUCUGUGAAGAGGGUAAGUUCUGAGGAUGAACAGGCUUCUUUGCAUGAAAAGCUUCCAACUGCAAGAACAAAAGAAGGCAAAGCCAGGGGUGGUAGUGGUACAGAGAAGCAGAGACUACGGGAAAAAAUAAGGGAGAUGCUGCUAAGUGCGGGCUGGACAAUAGACUAUCGGCCUCGAAGGAACAGAGACUAUUUAGAUGCUGUUUAUAUUAAUCCAGGGGGCACAGCCUACUGGUCUAUCAUCAAGGCCUAUGAUGCACUUCAAAAGCAACUGGCUGAUGUUGAUAAGGAGGCCAAGUCCAAUGGAGAUGGAUCUUCCUUUGCUCAUUUUUCAGAUGAGGUGCUCAGUCAAUUGACAAGGAAAACUCGGAAGAAGAUGGAGAAAGAACUGAAAAAGCAGAGAGGUUGUAGUGAGAGUGAUAGUGAAAAGGAACCUCAUACUAAGAGAUCUGCCAGCAGCAAGCAUCCUAUUCAUAGCUUUGAUUGUGAUAGCAAUGAAGAGAAAUUAAACUCCACUAUAAAGCAGGGAAAUAAGUCAAUGAAAAAUAAGAUGACUGAAAAUGCUAUUUCGGGUGCUAGCUCUAAAUCUCAUAGUCCCGAUUAUCACUUAAAUGAGGGCUCAGAAAAACAACUCUCUGGAUGUGAUCCCCAUCUGCUAUGGAAGGGAGAAGUAGAAAGCAUGGAGGAUGUGCACUCUUAGGUUGCUAUUUUGACUGGGGACUCAAUUCAGAAUCUGGCUUUGUUCUAUGUACAGGAAAACUGACAGUGCUUUCUCGAUUCUGGGACCAUGUAGUUAAGCCAAAAACUUUAGUAUCAGAAGCAAAAGCAAGUAAUGCUGGAGGGAUGGAUGACAAGAGGUGGAUUCAUUGUGGCUGCUGUAUUAAAAUCCUCACUGUUUGGAAGAUUGAGACUCGUGCAGGAAGCAAAUUGUGCCUGACUUUCAAUACAUAUAUUUGGAUUCUAGAAUUUCUCUUCUGCAAUGCCAGAUAGAUACAUGGAAUAAACAGAAAUCUUACUCCCACUCCCUCGAGUUUCCACCUAUCCAUGCCUCCAUCUUCUUGAUAAUCCUUUCAGAACUAUCUCCUCUUCUGGUUCGGCAGGACACACUGGUUAACCUGCGACAGCUUCACCAGCUGAUUCAUGGCUGCCCCAAGCACUUUUUUCUUUUGAAGAUCUCUAUCACUCAAUUUUUUGUAAUUUAUUAAUGAAUUUGAGUGCUCGUUUGGUCAUCUUCAGGACAGGAAUUGGAGAGGUGAAAAAGGCCAUCACGGAAACCAAUGUGCGGGUUGAAAUCAACCAGGAUGGUUUUUCUUGCUGAUAUUAGUACUGGUUGUCUGGUUACCCCUCCUCGAUCACAUGCUAGAAGUUAGUAAUUUCGACUCAAUUCUAGUUUAUGUUGCUGGCUGCUUCACAUUUUGCUUUGUUUCCUGUGUUCUCUUUUUAUUCCCAUCAAGGUAAGAUAGUGGGUGAGUUCAAUUUUUUUGGCUGUGGGUCGAAAUUCUAAUCACCGGACAAAGUUAGUUUGAAGUAAUAUGAGCAAUCUACUUUUGCA